UGCAGCUGUCUUUUGCGUCUUUGUUCAAUUGGGGAUUUUGGGGUUUCACAGAAUAAAAACCCUAGAAAACUAAAAAUCAGUGGAAUUGAAAGAAUCGCUGUAGUAGAAGAAGAACUUCUGGUAAACCCUUAACAGUAUCAGCAGCUAAUAAUUGAAUAUGAGGUCGAAAAGACUGGAACUGCAAGAAGCUCAGCAGAAGCAGAAGAAGCUGUCAACAGCAAAAGGGCAAGAAGCUCUUCGGAACCUGAGGUCAUCAACAACAAAAACACGCUCUGGGUCUGUCAACAACGGUAGAAGGGAAAAAGAAGUUGUGACUGAUGCAGUGGAUGAAGGACUGGAUGGUGGGAGGGAAAAAGAUGAUGCAGGGGAGGAAGAAGUCGAUGCUAUUGCUCUCGAGAAGCUGCAACAAAAUCACGUUCCGCAUUCGUGAACGGCAGAAGGGGAAAAGAAAAUGGGACUGAUGCAGUAGGUGAAACACUCAAUGCUGUUGCUCUUGAGAAGAAGAAGUCGUUAACAGUAAAACCACGUGUUUCGUACGUCAAUGGACGGAGGGCAAAAGAAAUUGUGACUAAUGCUGUGGAUGAAAGGCCCAACGUUGUUGAUGACAUGCAUGAUACUGGGGGCGAUGUUAGAGAUGAAGAUGCUGACAUGGUUGAUACUGGGAGCGAUGCACGAGAUGUAGCUGCUGACUCUGAUCAAGAUGCUGACGAGCAAAUAGCGGACGAUGAAUGGUUACCCACCAACUCUGAUGAAGAUGCUGACGAUGACAUACUUGAUGCGGAUGGAAACGGUGACAUGCAAUUUGCAGAAGACCAGCCGUUACCCGCCAACUCUUAUGAAGAUGCUGACAUACUUGAUGCGGAUGAAAACGGUCACAUGCAAAUCAUGGAUGACCAAUUGUUACCUACCAACUCUGAGAAUGUUGCAGGUUCAUCAAGGAAAAGGAAACACCAAAUGAUCCAAAGGCAACUAAUUGAUCCCCAUAGCGAGUCUAACUACGGAAAUUUCACCGGUUAUGGCCAAGGAAGCACUUCUGUUCCAUUAGAUAGGCGUAUCCCAAUUACAUUCGACAAAUAUGGGCGGCCUUGUGAUGUUGGGUCAGAAGAAUUUGCAACGGAUAUUGGAAAGAUAGUACGAGCAUUUUGUCGUCCUGCGAUUGAGUCUUGGAGAAAAGUUCCAGACAGCAUGAAAGAGAAUAUAUGGAUAAAUAUUAUUGCUAGGUAUGUCGUACCUGAAAUUUAUAAGCCUAAUGUUUUGUCAAGGGCUAGCAAAUCCUAUAAAACAUGGAAAUCUCAGCUGCGAGUAGAGAUGGAUAAACAUGAGACGGUUGCUGAGAAACAAAUAAAUAUGCCAUGGCGUUUGAUUUCAAACAGAGAAGAUUGGGAAAGUUUUGUUGAUUUCUGCAAUACUGACGAGGAUAAGAAACAUCGCGCAGCUGGUAGAAAAGCUAGAGAAAAUCUUGAAUUUUUACACUCAUGUGGCAGGAAAGGAAUUUAUCGCAAAUUAUACGAACUGGAAAAAGAGAGUCCAACUGGUGAAGUUAACAGAGCUGCUAUAUUUGUUGACACCCAUGUUUCCAAGAAUAUAAAUGAUCCGGAAUCGUCCUCCAUCUCAGAUAUUAAACUGAGACUAAUUAAAGAGCUUGUAGAAGCUAAUCCAAACGGUCAAAAAGAUAUUGAUAACGAUGCUGUCGCACAGGUAUGUGGACUUGAUGGUAAAGGUGUUGUAAGAGGCAUGGGGGGAGGUGUUUUGAGAGCUAAGGUGCUUGCUUCCGCGGCAAGUGUUGAGACUCUUCGCAAAGUGCAACAAGAAAACAAGAGUUUGCAGUCUGAUAUUGAUUUACUCCGACAGUUGGUAGUACGGACACCAAAUCAUACUUCUGCACCAUCAGCGUCCCCCAUACGAAACUGUAAUUCUGUAACAUCUAAUCAAUCUGUGUCACGCAUGCAAAAUUAUACUUCUACACCAUCAAAUCAGGCACCUGAAGCGUCCAACUUGCCUGCUCGUUCACGUUUGGCACCUGAUGUGCCCAACUUGCCUAAUCGUUCUCGUGUAGCACCUCAUUCGCCCAACUUGCCUGCUCGUUCACCUUUGGCACCUCCUGCGCCCAACUUGCCUGCUCGUUCACGUUUGGCACCUGAUGUGCCCAACUUGCCAGCUCGUUCUCGUGUGGCACCUCCUUCGCCCAACUUGCCUGCUCGUUCCCGUGUGGCACCUCCUUCGCCUAACUUGCCUGCUCCUUUACGUGUGGCACCUCCUUCGCCCAACUUGCCUGCUCGUUCACGUUUGACACCUCCUGCAUCCAACUUGCCUGCUUGUUCAUCUUUGGCACCUCCUGCAUCCAACUUAGCUGUUAGUUCAUGUUUCAUCAAAAACUUCAAAGGAAGAACCAUUGCAUUAGGUAGUAUUAACACUGCUGAUCCACCAAUGGAAAAUGUCCAUAGUUUGAUUAUCGAAGAAAUAUUUGACAGAACCGCAGAAUUAUUUGAUCAAGAUGGAAAGCUUGGAGAUAUUAUGAUCGGUGGCGUGAUUAAUUGGCCAAAAGCAUGUGUUGAGUCCAACUUCCCUGCUAAUUCAUGCUUCAUUAGAAACUUUAAAAGAAGAAUCAUCGCUUUCGGUAAUUUCAGCGCUGCUGAUCCACCUACAGAAGAUGUCUACAGUGUAAUCGUCAAAGAAAUCUACGGCAGAAGAAUUAUUUGAUGAAGAUGGGAAGCUCGGAGACAUUAUGAUUGGUGACGUGAUUAAUUGGCCAAAAGCAUGUGUUAAGCCUUGUCGAUAAUUGUUCUUCAUUUUUAGUGACUAACCAGAACGUGUAGUCUUUGCAAGUAGUGAUGUUUAGGUUCUUUUUUUGAAGUGGAUGUUGUCUGGACAAGAAAAGUACAAUUUUAAGCAACUGCAGCCUGGAGAGUGACCAAGCGCAUGCAGGAAGAGCAGUAGAAGAUUUUCAGAAAUACGACAGACUUAGCUGUCGAAGAGGAACUUUGUUGGCACAUCUUUUGUCAAGUCUGAUGCAGAAUAAUGUCAGUCUUUUUGACGGGCAAGACGCAUAUUUUAGGGGUUGCCAAUGAGUAAAAAUAGUUCAGAGCUGCGUAUAAUAAUUCAAAUUGGGCUUGGGAGCCAGCUGGGCUGGGUGGAUAAUUGUAGAACGAUUUUUUGGGGACCAGCCUUUUUUUGAGGGGACCAUUGUUUUAUAAGACCAUCUACCCUAUACUUAUAAGGGAUGUCUUAAAGUGUAGACAUUAUUAAUUUG